GACUUCUAGUUUGGCCAAAGGCGCCUUAAGGAAAGACUGCUAUGAUUAAAAAUAGGAACCAAUAAGAUCAAAGUAACAAAGUAUUAUUACAGAAAGUCGCCAACUGAAAGGCAAACUCAAAUAAAUACUAAUGUUGCCGGUAAAUGAGGCUACUAUCAAAUGUAUCCUAGUAACUCUGUUGAAAUCCUACCCAUGGAAAAUGAAUGUUUUCCUCUUUAAUGGAUGUCUGGUUUCAGCCUCGCAGUAAACCGCUACUGUACGUGACGUGUAUACGGGCGAGCCCAUUCCUUCACCGAGACGGGGGCAUCCACGACCCCCCUACAGCUCGGAGCGGAAAACGGGAAUGGUUCAGUCCGGGGCGAGCGCAUCGGGCUCACUGACCGGCGGACAGAACCGCCGCGCGCCUCCUCUCAUCAGCACCACCGCUCGAGCCUCGCGACCCGCCGGCCUCCGUCGCCCGGCAACCAGUGCCGUUCACCGUUAACCGUUUACCGUGAACCGGCCCGUUCCGCUCGCCAUGAAACAAACUUUCACCGAGCUGAUGAGGAUGAGCAGGAUAUGCCGGAUGGUCCUCGCCACUUGUUUCGGAUCUUUUAUCCUCGUCGUCUUUUAUUUCCAAAGUAUGUUCCAGCCAGUCUGAGUUCUCGGGCCUUGCGGUGCUGCACCAGAGCCGGCGGGACCAGGUGCUGGAGUCGUGCCGCGCCCACAGCGAGUCCAGCCGCAAGCGGAGGGUGCUGACGCCCGACGACCUGAAGCACCUGGUGGUGGACGAGGACCACCAGCUGCUCUACUGCUACGUGCCCAAGGUGGCCUGCACCAACUGGAAGCGCGUCAUGAUGGUGCUGACCGGCCGCGGGAAGUACAGCGACCCCAUGGAGAUCCCGUCCAACGAGGCCCACCUGUCGGCCAACCUGAAGACCCUGAACCAGUACAGCAUCGCCGACAUCAACCACCGCCUCAAGCACUACCUCAAGUUCCUGUUCGUGCGCGAGCCCUUCGAGCGCCUCGUCUCGGCCUACCGCAACAAGUUCACCCUCAAGUACAACUCGUCCUUCCACAAGCGCUUCGGCACGCGCAUCGUCCGCCGCUACCGCAAGAACGCCACCGCCGACGCCCUCCUCAGCGGCGCCGACGUCCAGUUCCGGGAGUUCGCCGAGUACCUGGCCGACCCGCUGACGGCGCGCGACGGGCCCCUGAACGAACACUGGCAGACGGUGUACCAGCUGUGCCACCCGUGCCACAUCCACUACGACCUGGUGGGCAAGUACGAGACCCUGGAGGAGGACGCGGGCUUCCUGCUGCGGCUGGCGGGCGUGGGCGACGGCGUGCGCUUCCCGACGUACGCCAAGUCCACGCGCACCACCGACGCCAUGGCCGCCGCCUUCUUCGGCAACAUCAGCACGGCGCAGCAGGCACACAUCUACCGCCUCUACCGGCAGGACUUCCUGCUCUUCAACUACUCCCAGCCCGCCUACCUGCGGCUGGAGUGACCCCCGCCGUAACCGUGGCAACCACGGCGACCGCCGCGGGAGGGAGGAGGACCCCGGCCGACGGCAACGCGAGGGAGGAGGGAAAAAGAAGAAGAAGAGCAGGAGGAUGAUGAUUGGGUGGUUUUUUUGUGGGCGGGGGGGGGAAAGUAGGAAGGAACUUGAUCAACAAUGCAAACUUUAAACUAUUUUUCGGCCACGCCCCUCUGUAGGGGGGCGUGGCCACGCCGCACGCGGAGAGACGUGCGUUUCGGUUCGUCUUGCCGUUCUUAGGGUCUGCUGGCUGCUGUCCAAUCAGCUCGGGGGGGGGGUCUGUGGCUU